AUGGCGCGUGUGGUGUGCCCCCUGAAGUCCCCUGUGGAUUUAGACAUCUACCAAAGCUCCUACAUGGUCGACUAUCAGCACCACGGGAAGCGCAAGUACUCCAGCAUCUCACCGCAAGAGCAAAUGAAGGUGGACACCCAGCUCAGGGAAAAAGAAUUUUAUAAGGUCACCCCCAGCCUCAACCCCAAGCUAAAGGAUGGAUACCCUGCCUUCAAAAGACCUUACAUGACUGCCAGAGACCUGGGACAGCCCGGCUUCUUCCCACCACCGGACCGCAUGAGCACCGAGGAGCACAAAUGCAGGGGAACCAGCAUCGGCCCCCCCGUGUACGCAGCUCCCCAUGCUUGGUCCCUGGCCCAGGGCGAUCCGAACUGGGCCCACCAGAGAGCUGACUUCCCGUGCCUCCUGGAGUCAGAGCGCCAGCCUGCUGCAGAGGAAGGCACAGGCUACCUGCUGCUGCCCGGCUGCCUCUGUCCUCACCGCCUUACAAUCAAGGUCCCCAUCUUGAACCGAUGGGGCCCCCUGCUACCGUUCUACCAGUAG